CCUUGACUGGCACGCCUUAUGUACUCUUCGGAGUCUUCCUCAGAAGCCGCUUAAAUCCCUUCGCAUCCAGCGUCGCACUGAUUGGCCUGAUACUGCUCGGGGCCGUCCCCCAAUACGGCGCGGUUUUUUUUCUGCCGACUGCUAUCAUCUGAACAAACGCAGCGUUGGCGCGAACAACGGCAGCGCAUUUGGAAACAAGAUUAGCGGCAGCGCCGGAGGCUCGGGCGGUCCGCACUACGGCAGCAGCGUCGAAGGCAAUAC